AUGUCUUCCACCAGAGCACUAACAGAUGACCAAGUUCAAGGUGAACUCAAAAAAAUGGAAUCUUUCAUAAGGAAAGAAGCUGAAGAAAAGGCAAGGGAGAUCCAACUAAAAGCUGAUGAAGAGUAUGAAAUUGAAAAGGCUUCUGUUGUGCGUGCUGAAAUCAAUGCCAUUGAUGCAGCAUACCAAGACAAGUUCAAGAAGGCGUCUCUUGCCCAACAAAUCACAAAGUCCACCAUUGCAAAUAAAACAAGAUUGAAGGUUUUAGCUACAAGAGAAGAAGCAUUGGAGACCAUUUUCUCUGCAACCCAUGACGGGUUGAAGAAAUUGGCAUCUAACAAAAACAAAUAUAAGACUUUACUCAUAGGUUUAAUCGAGGAAUGCUUAUACACAAUGAUGGAAAAGGCAGUCACAAUUCAGGUUAGAGAAGUAGACGUAGCUGUGGCAAAGGAAGCUGCCAAGGUUGCAGCUGAAAAUUUUGAAAAGAAAGCCGGAUUCCCCGUUGAUAUCACUGUCGAUGAGUCCAACUUCUUGAAUAAGGACCUAGCAGGUGGUGUUGUUGCCAUCAAUGGUACUGGUAAGAUUUCUGUGGACAACACUUUAGAUGAAAGAUUGAAACUUUUAUCCGAAACUGCGUUGCCUGCAAUCAAGUUGGAAAUGUUUGGACCUUCAAAGACUAGAAAGUUCUUUGAUUAA